UUGAGUCGGUUCGAUUUGAUUCCGAUUCUAACUUGGUUCGGUUCGAUUUGGACCGAAUGAAAAGAGAGCAUAUAUCAUUUGAAUAUAGUAGAAUCACAUAUACGUUUGAACAGUAGAAUAUCCUCUUGAUAUUCUUGAUUCGAUUAAUAAAAGCAAAGUAGCAAGGUGUGAUAGAAGAAAACAAAGGAAAUGUGGGGAAACAGGGUUUUGAGUCGUCAAAUUUAACUUCUUUGGAAGAGAUCAAAUUAGAAUUAUAUACCAAUAAAUUAGUUCUCCUUGAACGGGCAGUAUAAGAUAAACUAUUCUUGAACAAAGCAGUAGAUGCCUUGUUUCUAAUUUACCUGUAGGCAGGUUUGUCUAUCGUAAUCAAUGAGUCGGGCUUUGCUCAUUAAUGCUUGCAUCUAAUAAUGGCCUCGUUGUCCAACCAUGUGGCUCGGAUUUGGCUUGAUGCAUGAACAAAUCUAGUCUCUUUAUGAAAUGGAUUACGCUUAUCUUUGUUGUCCCUAUAACAUCUAGGUUUGAGUCAACAUUCUAGCAUGGUAUUAUCCCAAUUUGAAUAUAAAUCAUAUUUUCACUAUUCUUUCUUGGUAUUACUCAUCCCUGUAGUUUCUUGACAGUAUUUGCACCGAAUCGUUAGGCACUCCUACAACAGCGCAGUAGCCCCUGCGCCCCCUUUGUCUCAGGAACCUCCUCCCUGUCCCUACGUACCUCCAUGCAUGUGCCUUCUAAUUCUGCCCUCCUCCUCUCCAUUCUUUUUAAGUAUUCCUCCUGUUCUCGUUGCAGCUUUCCCCAUGCAUCUCACGUGUCUCCUCAUUCCCUUCGAUGCCAAUUUUACACUGCCACAAGAUGGCGUUGUAGAUUUCCGCUGACCGCACCAGAACCUUCUCUCUUCGUGCUGUUCGAAUCUCGAGGCAUAGUUCCAUCUUCUUCCAUGGAUGGAAGGCCAUGAAGCGUACAAGAUCGUGACCAUCUGAAUCAUAAGGGCAUCAGUACUCGUGUUGAUCUUAAAGCAUUUAUGAUUGCGGUUGAGAAGGGGACGGGCCCUACGUGCCCGUUAACCGUCCAACACACAACCUUGCAUCCCACGUUGGGUGGCAUUCCCGUGAUUUCAGGGAGAUUAGCGUGGCAAACUCAUGGUCUCGUUAACCUUGAGAUCGCGUCACAUCGGCCCCGUUUAAAUCCCUCGCCCUCGCUCUCUACUUCCAACGCCACCCACGCGAAGCACUAGACAUGCUUCCGAAUAGCCUUUUCUUCUUGUUCUUCUUCCUUUUCCUUCCCCUCGUGGCAUGCACGUCGGUGCCGCCGCCGGACUUGGCGCCGAUGAGCCCCGAUGAGAACGCCACCGAGUUCAUCCGCGCUCGCUGCGUCCUCACCCGUUACCCCGACCUCUGUUUCACUUCGCUUUCCUCCUACGCGUCGGCCGUCCGGCGGAGCCCCGUCCAGCUCGCCCGGCUCGCCACCAACGUCACCCUCACCCGCCUCCGUGCCCUCCGCGCCCACGUCUCCGCCCUCCGCCGCGCCGGAGCAGGCGCGGCCGGGCGCGAGGCGGCGGCGCUGCGUGACUGCGCCGAGCAGCUGGGCGACGCCGCCGACCAGGUGGGUCGGACCGCCGCCGAGCUGAGGGGCCUGGAGGCCCUGGUUGGGAUGGAGGUAGCGUGGCGAGUCUCCAACGCCCAGACGUGGAUGAGCGCCGCCCUGACCAACGAGGACACAUGCUCCGAUGGCUUCCGCGAGAUGGGCGGCGGCGGCACGAGCUCCAUCAGGACCGACGUGUGCCGGCGGGUCGGGAGGGUUAUUCAGUACACGAGCAACGCCCUUGCCCUCGUCAACAGCCUUGUCAACGGCGGAUGAUCGCUUCUCGCCGUCUCUCUCUUAAUACUUGGAUCACCAAAGCUGCGUAUUUUAAAGUGGUCUUGAAACAUGGUAUGUCUCAGAUAGCUAAUUUUGUUGGUGUUGUGUGAGAGAGAGGGAGAGAAUAGAUAUAAAGUGGUAUUGUAGUUAGUCUAGUGUUGGUGAGUUGCUUGCUUGGUGGGAUUCUGCUUUGUAAAGACACUCUUCUAUGGCGUGUUUCCGGUUGUCAUUUGUCUUCUUCCUUGAAAACAAAUGCCGUUCUUUGCAAGCUUUAA